AGCAGCACCACGACUAGCAGCACCACGACUAGCAGCGAGAGCACCACGACUAGCAGCACUACGACCACAGAAACAACGACGAGCACAACCACUACCGACUGUCCCGUCCAAGCAACUGGUACUGGAUCCAAAACGUAUUUCAUCCGAUGUGACGUAGCUUUCACAGGAGACAUUAUCGCAAACCCUGGUGUCGGAGGCGGCGGCCGCCGCCUCAGACAUCGUGCCGUGUUGACGCCGCUUGAAGAAUGCCAGGAGGAUUGUGACGCCCUUACAGCAUGCGUUGCUCUGAACUCGCAGGAGGCUCUAGGUCUUAACGGCUGCACGCUCUUCUCGAGAGUGAACGACAGACUGGUUGUUCUCCCAGGCAACGUCGCUGCCAGAGUCAUCAGUACCAGCACUACGACCACGACUACCACGACAACUACCCCCUCUACCACUCCCUCAACUACUCCGAGCACUACGCCCAGCACCACUCCAUCAACAACCCCGUCAACCACACCGAGCACCACACCGUCUACAACUCCGAGCACUACGCCUAGCACAACGCCGUCUACAACACCGAGCACUACGCCCAGCACUACUCCCUCUAUGACCACCACUGCUUCAACUACGACCAGCUCGAGUGCUCCACCUGUACCAACUUGCGCGAUCUGUGGCAACGGUGGAACUGCUCUCUGCGGUUCAGAUGACUGCUUUUGUUUCCAACCGGUAAGUAAUGCGGCGGCUAGAUGUGCCGGUGGGGCGACCUGCGAGCCCUGCAACACUGACGGCGAUUGCACGGCGACGGAUGAAGUUUGUGCCCUUGAUUGUUCAGGCGCUUGUGGCCAAGGUGUAGGAGCGAGAUUAUGCGCCUCCGUUAACGACGGUUUUUGUACUGUUCAACCCGCAUCGGCCAAGAGGGAUUUGGAAAGAGUUUUCGACGUGUACAAAGGGGUAAAGCGGCCACACCAGCGUCGCAAGCUCAUUGGAGACAGACUUCAAGCUGUCUAAGUAGCUUGGUGCGUACGUACUGAGAUGCUGUGGAAGCAUGAUGCUGUUUGCUUGAUAAAGAUCUUUGUGGAGGGAGCGGAAGUGCUCAGCAGAAUAUAUGGAUGGGGCCGAUCCCGAC